GUUUCAUUCCUUCCAUAAUUCAAAGGAUUAUUCUGGGGGAGAGGGAAGAGACUGAGCUCCUGAACCAAACAGUUAUUACCCUUGGGAUUAUUCCACAAACUCCGGCACUGCUGGAGAAAGCCUCGGGAGCAUCAGUUCUUAAAGAGACCAGGAAAUCGUCUAUGGAAGAAAUGAAUAAACUCCCAGUGGUGACAGAAGAAGAAAAACAGGAUGUUGUUGAGGUUGUAGUCACUGAAGAAUUAUUAUCACAAUCCCCAGUCAAAAGUGACCUUGAACUGGGCAAGGUCUUGCUAGAAGGUAAACUUGCAGAGUUUCUGUUUGAGA